UGAAGCAAACGAGACCUUUUUAGGAAAUGGAAUUCUGUCAUUGCUUUUCUCCCUAAAUGUGGAUUUUGUCGAUGGACAACAGUGUAACUGUGUUGACCUGUCAGUAAAUCCAGAGGCGCCGCUAUGGCCGCCAUGCAGCAGGAAUACCCCACAGUCCUCCUGGGGAUCCUGGAGGAACUGGCCAACAUGCGGCAGUGGCUGACCUUCCAGGACCUGUGCCGCAUGGUCAGCACCCGCUUCGACCUGGAGCACCUCGUGGAGCUCAGGAGUCUGCUGUUUGCCGCUGCCAGCAGGGACCCCUGUUUUCCAGCCACCCUCUUCAGAGACCGGGUUGCCGCCAGGGGUCAGGGGCUUUCACCCAUAGGGGUCGCUGCGGACAUAGUGACUAUCUUUAAUCUCCUUCAGAUGACGGGUGGAGUCUCUGAUUCCAGCCACACCAUGAGAUCUGAGCCGGUCCUCCCCGUCGACCUGUCUCCGGGCCCCAGCCUGCCCGGAAUCCACCCUCUGGAGGUUUCUGGUGGGGAACGUGUUUGGGCUCACUCUGACCCUGGAGGGAGGUCUGUGGAGCAGCACCUGCUGUUUCCAAGGCCGAAUUAUUCUGCCCGCAAACGAGCAAGUCUGCCCCCAGAUCCCAUCUCCUUUGUGCCCUCCCCUCCCAUCAGGACGAGGGCGGUGUCUUUUGAUCUGCCUCAUACCACGCAUUCAUACCCCACGAGUCCGAUUCCCCAGGAGUCUAUGAGAAGCAUCUACCUUCCUUUGGAGACGGACAGUGAUUCCAGUGGCGAUUCGGCUUCCAUGGAUGUUUUUGAGGUUGAGCCAGAAUCCUCGGUUGACCAGAAGAGGAACAUCUUCAGAAAGGACUUCCAUCGCCAGCCGCCUCUCAUACCGCAGGUGACCAUCAGCAGCGAAUCUCCAAGCCCCAAAGCGGGACCCAUGGGCUUCGACAAUGUCAACUUCAACAUGAUCCAAAAUCCCUACGCGUCGCCGACGGCAACGCACAAAUUGCCGGACUCUAAACAACAAAACCUGGAGGAUCUGCAGGACUCAACCUAUUUUGGGCCGGGGUCGGUCCCAGAGCCCUCGCCCAUACACCUUCCUCUACCGACCAGGACCAGGCCCGCCUGGAGCGGCAAGAGUCACAGUCUGGAGGACCAGAUAAGUGCCGGUAGUGUCGAUAUGGGGAUGGGAGCAAAACCAGGACAGCUUCCGAGGCGCUCCACACCUGCAAUCAGCACUUUGGUGGGGUCCUUGGGUGGAGGCAGUGCAGAUAGUGGGUUACCAAGUGGAGGCGAUGGCGUGAAGGCUCAGGGAACACAAACAGACCCCCCGGAUCCCAGGAGGCUCCGAAGCUUAGUUCAUGCUGACCGCCUCUCAUUCAUGACCUCCUUGGAUGACCCUGAGUUCGGUGAGGAUGACGUCAGUGCCAUCUUCCGCUUCUUAGAUGACAUCAGCAUGUGCGGCUCGACGGGAGUGCUGCACUCCGGCGAUGGCGGCAUCAGCCAGGACACCCCCGAGGGCAGACGCGGGCGCCUUGGUCAGCUCAAAAGACUGUUCCAUUCUUUGGAGAGCAGUGACGAUGGACUCCAAGCAAGCGUCUGCAAGCUGCUGCUGCGCAUGAGUCAGAUAGAAAGACAGCUGGAGUCACUGAACGACGUCAAAGCCGAGAUCUCUCAGGUUCUCUCCGCUCUGCAGCGGCUGGACGAGAAGAUCCAGCAGCCAGUCGUCGGGGGGGUUCAAGGCACUGGUGGGAGAUGGUACGAGGCCCUCAGCGGGGUCUCCUCUUUCAUGAGCCAACCCAUAACUCCCUCCGAGUUGUCGGAUCCUCAGCCUUUGUCGGCGUCCGGACAUCUGCUACCGAGGACCAGCACCAGCAGCCUGGACUGGAACCGCUGGAACACCCCCGGGGAUCAAACCGAGAGCAGCAAAAGCCUGGGAGAUUCCAAAGGGGUUAAAGAUGGGAAGAAGGACGCAACGUCCCGCCGCGCCUCCAAAACUCAGGCGGAGGAGAAAACCGUCUCUGACAACAAACAGCCGAUUGUUUCCAACUCUGCAAAAGACUGGAAAGUGUCUUUCUCCAGGAGAAAAGGCAGCAAAUCAUCAGAAAGAAAACUGGGGCAGGCUGAUCAGUCGGAGAGCACCACCAACCUACUCUCCCAAAAGCCCACCAGCAUGGUGGAACAAGUGUUAAACUCCUCCCUAUUCCAUCAAAAGGACGCCAGUCUCACACGGGGGCUCGCCACGGCAAAGGUCAUCGACCCCAAGCUGGCUGAGGGGAGAGGAAGACCCAUAUGGACCGUCGACGACAGAGAAGCCCGGAUCUCCCCUCUGGAUCUACAGGCUCAGGACUCUCUCAACCCCAACAUGGACUUCUGGGUGGACGACAUUUACACUCCCGGCUACGACGCCCUCCUCAGACGGAAGGAGGCUAACCUCCGCCGCAUCAAGAUCUGCAAGCUGGUUGCCCUCGUCGCCAUUGUGGUGGCCAUUACCCUCAUCAUCGUCAUCCCCAUUUGCACAGUAGUCUCUUAAAGCCCCUCACAGAAACUCACGUUGUUGCCUAUCCUCUUUCCUUUCUUUGCGCUCCGUCCGCUGUUAUCUGAAACUUGCACGUCAUCCUAACAGAGUUGGGAAAUGGUGAUCAAGUGAACUCUUAGUACCUCCUCGUGGUUUUUUUUUGGCACGAUGCAACAUCUUUGAUUUCCAGAGAGAAUGCAAGUUGUGCAUAAAGUUUGAUUAAACUGUAAAUCCUGCCAAGAGUUUUUCUUCAAAUUGCUGUGAUUGUUUCAGCUGGCUGCAUAAUAAAGUCUUAAACUAGUAAUACUGAGCCAAUGCAAACAUGCCAA